CCGCCGCCGCCGCCCUCCUCGGCUCGCCGCGUCUCCCGGGCCGCGUCCGCAGGCUGAGCCCAGGCGGGCCGCGGCGAGCACCCCGCAGCUCCGCGCCCCCACCCCGCCCGGCUCCCAGCGGAAAGUUGGGCUGCGGCGGGCUGCGUUCGGGAAAAAGCGAGGCGACAUGAGGGGGCACCGAGGGGUCGCCUAAGACACGGGGAAGGCGGCGCCGCGCGCGGGGACAACUUCGCCCCGGGCGCGCAGCCCCCGGCCGGGCUCGCGGUGGUUCCUCCCGUCCCUCGGCCUCCCCCGCCGAUCGCGACGCGGACCUUGGUCCUGGCGGCUCCGCGGCGGUGACACGAGCCCGCCUCAGCGGCCGCCUCAGUCUCCUGCCGUGCCGCCACCUUGCCCGCACCAUGGAGUUCUCGGAGAGGAAAAGAAGCAGGAAAUCCCAGAGCUUCAAACUGGUGAGCCGAGAUUAUCACCAUGAGGUGUAUAAAAUCUCAGAAUUCAGCAACGAUGUUAAUGGGGAGACCAAAGAGACACAACCCAUUUUCUUAGGAGACGGAAGCAUGGAAAUUAAGAAACAAAUUACGGGGAUGAGAAGAUUACUGAAUGACCGUACCGGGAGGAUCUAUCAACGUGUCGGCAAAGAAGGGGAAAAAUUAAAAGAAGAGCCCCAGGAUGUGGAUUUAGUCUGGCCUCAGAGAUUGAACUCCUCCACGGAGGCCCCGCAGGGCCUCCACCCUCCUUCACGUGGGGCGUGGAAUGAACUACCAGCCCAAAGCGGGCAGUUCUCAGGGCAGUCCGGUCCACGUUCUAGAACCUUCCAGAGUCAGCCCCACAUCUCUGCAAGUUCCAAUGGGGAACUUCCAGGGGUGAAUUCGACGGCCGGAUCCAACUGCUGCACUUGUAACUGCCAGUCAACCUUGCAGGCCAUUCUCCAAGAACUCAAGACCAUGAGGAAAUUAAUGCACUUUCAAGCAGUUGGAACUCAAAACAGACAACAACCCCCAAUUUCCCUUAUGUGCUCCCAGCGAACCGCCGUCUCACGCAAGAGAAAUAAAAAGAAAAAGGUGCUCCCGAAGGCUGCGGAACCUGUGACUACUGUGAAACCAAAGCCUAGUCCCUCGGAAAUUGAGAAGCCAGCAGCCGUGGCCACAAGGCCACCUGGUCUCCAAGCUGCAGAGUGCGCUUCCGCUGAGGAGAACCACAUCUUGGGAUUUGGCAUUGUUCUCAAAUCGCCGUCCUCAGAUCCAGAAGUGCAACUUGCUGAAGGCUUCGAUGUGUUCAUGCCCAAGUCUCAGCUGGACUCUAUACUGUCAAACUACACCCGCUCAGGAAGCCUUCUGUUUAGAAAACUGGUUUGUGCGUUUUUUGAUGACAAGACUUUGGCUAACUCCUUACCCAACGGGAAGAGAAAAAGAGGGCUCAAUGACAACCGGAAAGGACUAGACCAAAACAUUGUGGGUGCAAUAAAAGUCUUCACAGAAAAUUACUGUACUGCGAAUCACGUGGACAAACUUCCCGGCCCACGAGACUGGGUACAGAUUCUACAGGACCAGAUUAAACUGGCCAGAAGAAGGUUGAAAAGAGGCUCAGCAGAGGUAGCUGACGGUGAUGAAAGACUGGAUAGCAUCUCUCUACCCCCAACAGGGCACGCAUUUGUCACCAGGAGAGAGACCCCAGAGGACCCAGAACCAGGUUCCAUUGCCUAGACUUGCAUUCUAGAACACUCUUCGCUUCCUCCAAGGUCCAUGGAGCAGUUGCAGGUCCUGCAGUGUGGGCGUCCUGUGGUGGCUUGUCCUGUCGGAAUGACUUCUUUGUAACCUGUGGUAUCACAACUCCAGUUUGGCAUAAUAUUUUUUUUUAAAGAACCAUGCUUACAGCUGUUACCCUGUAAGCAUCCAGCGCGUGUAACCCGUCCUAAAGAAGCCAUCCCCUUCCUGUGUCUGUCUGUUCACAGCCUCGGUGUGAAGACAAGGUCUUUCUAAACAUUAUUUAUUUUAUUGUGAAUUGCUUGGCUGCAUGCAGAGGAAACCUUCUCUUCCAGGAUUGACAGAGGUUACAAAGUAGCACUAACUAGCCCCUCUUCAGCUUAGAGAAGGAAACAGUUGUUCUGAGAGGCAGGAGAGCUCCCACCUGGCCAGUGACGUCUUUUAGGACUUCAGUCAUGGUGACCCGAAACAGACAUUCGGAACUGGAGAACUACAAAUGAUGUACGAAUUUUAGGAAAUAAAAAAAAAAAAAAACUUUCACAUAAUUUAUGAUGAUGUAAUGACAAAAAAAAUAAUAAUAACUCAAAGUAACCAGCCAUCUGCUUGGGAGCCGUGGGGCCUUUUAAAUACAGUUUCAGCUGAGUAACUUUGGUUUUUCCCUCUCUCCAUGUUCAUUCUGCAGUCUGUUUGGUCCCUCACACACUUGCCUUCUAUUUUAUGUAACACUAAAUAUGAGGGGAAAUCUGGGUUUAUUUUAAAGAAAUCUUUGCUGUGAGGAUAUAUGUGUCACAGACAUAUUUACCUCCACAUCUGUUUUGCUAAUGGAAUCGUGCAUUGGAAAUACCUUAGACGCCUUGCGUCUAUACCUUAUUUAUCGGGUAAAGCAAAUUGCCUCGAAUCUUGGGCACUUGACACCAAGGCCAAAAAUAGCCGCAAAAGAAAAACAAAUGUGGCUCCCAUCCACCAAACCCCAGGGAUAAAAGCCUGCCUCGACCAAAGCUUAGCCUUUUUCCUGAUACUGUUGUAGCCACCGAUUAAAGCCAACACUUAGUGUGGU